AUAGGCCAAGAGUCCACAAGGCAAUAGUCAUUUCGAGAGGUUUGUCACAGGACAGAAGAUUAGGACAUCCUUGCACUGAUAUCGUACGGACAUCUCGAGAUGAAGCUCUUCGUGCUUCUCCUCCUUGUAGCGGCAGCGACUGCAGAACUCGAGAGAAUCAAUUCGCAGGGAACUGGUGAUGAUGGCGAUGAAUUCGACUCCAAUGCCGUUCUCAUCAGGCACGUCCGUACACCACCCGUGUUGGCCAGGGGGUUGCUCUCCUUCAUGACACAGAAAUUCGUCAACAAACACGUGGUCAACGUUGGGGACAUGUCCUUCAGACACCUGCGUGGUAAAGCAUGGGAGGAGAAUUUCGAGAGAUUCGCUCUACAGAAGGCGCGGAAUGGUUACAGACGUGACGAUGUACCGAUCCGCGAUGCCCUUCCCAACACCCUCACCAUAAUUGAGACAAACGCUGCCGAUCGCGGAAAACUUUCCGAAGAAUUCCGAAACCGCGACACGACCUCUUCAAAGUUUAUCACCGAUGACGAGUUUAAGGUGCACACCCUGACCAAGAACAACAACAAGUUUGACUAUAUUGAGACAAGUCAGGAGAAGGUCGAAAUGGGGAUUGACCAUAAUGGGAAUGUCAAUCAUUUUGCUGGGACUGUCAAAUGCCGAAACAACGGCAGGCGCGGAUCACGGCAGAGGAGGUCUGUCUUCAGGCUGAAAGGCAAGCUUUGCACACGCACUUGGAUAAACCCGUCCCCGCCAGAGUCUUCACUGGGUACGAACUCGGGGACGUCGGGUCAGUCUGGAACGGGCAAUGGGCAGACCGGGCAGACUCGGCCACAGCGCUCCUGUCGCAGAGGCUACCGUCGUGUCGCCGGGAGAUGCGUGAGGCAAAGACGAAGGCAAAGUGGUUAGGCACCCUUUGAGUAUACUCCAGACGCAGUGAAUCGGCCUCGUCCCUCACCAUAUCAGACACUAUGAAUAAGAUGACGAAAUGGAAUGCUUUGGGAGAUGUUCUGUUAAGUUACUUUAGUGAAGACAGCUAAAUUUCGCUGGAUAUCUUUCAUGAGGCUGAAGUUCUUUAAAAAACCAGCCCCGUUCGUAUUAAUUGAGUUUUCUUGUGACUCAGCUUAGAAAUAAACAUUGCUGCAGUGCAGUUUUGUGCACGCAAAUACGCUGAAGCUUGGCAGGUAUUUGUAUAGUCUAAACGACGGUAUUAACAAAGCCAAGUAAUUUUUAAACCAUUGAUAAUAAACGAUAUGAGACAAUAA